AUGUCCUCCCCGUGUCCGCGUGCGUUCCCUCUCCCUCUCGCUUGCUCGCUUGGCAUCUUCCUCCCGCCUCCCCCCCCUCCCCCUCCGCGGUGCGGCCCCUGCACCCUCCGGCACACCCCGCUCGGGGCUGAUUGCGAAUUCGGGGGAGAUCUACCUGAAGAUCGAAAGAGAGCCCCAGAUUUUUCCCGUGGAUCUCCCCAGAAUCCCCGCCUGGCCUUCCGGGGACCCGGCUUCACCCAGGCCCCCAUGAUUCCCCGCCCAACCUGUGGGGGACCCGGCCACACCCAUGCUCCCGUGACUCCCCACCUGACCUUUGGGGGACCCUGCUACACCCAGGCUCCCAUGACUCCCCGCCCAUCCUUUGGGGGACCUGGCCACACCCACGCUCCCGUGACUCUCCACGUGACUUUUGGGGGACCCUGCUACACCCAGGCUACCUCGUCUCCCCGCCCAACCUUAGGGGGACCCGGCUACACCCAGGCUCCCGUGACUCCCUGCCUGACCUUUGGGGGACCCGGCUACACCCAGGCUCCUGUGAAGCCCUGCCCGACCCCUGGGAAGACAGGAAUCACUCAGGCUCCCUUGACACCCCACCCGACCUUUGGGGGACCCGGCUACACCCAGGCUCCUGUGAAGCCCUGCCCGAUCUUUCUCUUCUUUGUUUGA